AUCUGCCUCUCUCUGUCUAUCUAUCUUUGUUCAUUUAGCCCUCAUUCUCCGUGCCUAUUUCUCACUCUCUAUCAGACUCUCUGUAAAUACAGAUAUUUAUGGUCUGGAGCAGAGUGGUGGGCUGACUGACCGCCGGAGUGUGAAGGCGAUGCGCCGCCCCGCCGCGGAGGAAUAUUCUGGCAGAGGUUGGCAUGCGAUAUAGUUCAGUGUGGCACUGUUUUGAGCGCCAGUUUCAGGAACCGCUCUGGCAAAGGAGCAAGCGGCUCAUUGCGAGUCUCCGGGAAACUGCCUGCACCGGCCACAAAGCUCCGGGGGAAAAUGACCUUCGCCUUAUUCUACCUAAUCGGAUUGCUUGUCUGCAGCGGGGAAGCUGUGCUUCAAGUGACUAUUUCUCUGGGCAAAGUGGAACUCAGUGUGGGCGAGUCCAAGUUUUUCACCUGUACAGUAAUUGGGGAGCCUGUCAGUAUAGAAUGGUACAGUCCUGAUGGUCAAAAAGUCAUCUCCAACGAAAGAGUUGUGGUACAGACGGAGGGGAUACGAUCAAGGCUCACCAUCUACAAUGCCAACGAGGAGGAUGCUGGGAUCUAUCAGUGUCAGGUGUUAGACGUCAAUGGAAAGUCUCAGGAAGCUACAAUCCUGGUGGAAAUUUACAAAAAGCUGACCUUUCAUGAAAUCAAGUCUCCCCAGGAGUUCAGAGAGGGAGACGAUGCUGUGGUGAUAUGUGAAGUAAACAGCUCUCCCGCACCCAUAGUAACUUGGCUUCACAAUAACAGAGAUAUCAUCACUGAGCUGAGUGACAAGUUUACAAUGAUCGAUAACAACAGUUUGAAGAUCCGACGCAUUAGCAAGAAGAAUGAAGGCAUUUACCGAUGCGAGGGGAGAGUGGAGGCCCGGGGAGAAAUUGAUUUUAGAGACAUCUCUGUUAUUGUGAAUGUUCCUCCCGUAAUUCAUGUGCCCAAGAGAUCAGUGAAUGCUACGGCAGAUCGCCAGGAGUCCGUGACAUUGACGUGCACAGCCACUGGCUCUCCCGAGCCUGACAUCAGCUGGUACAGAGAUGGGAGACUCAUUGAAGACGAUGAUAAGUACGUGUCAAAGAGAAGCACGGAGCUGACGAUAAGGAACAUUGCCCAGGAGGACACUGGGGCUUACAUCUGCAGGGCAACAAAUAAAGCAGGAACUGUGGAAGAACAGUUGUCUGUAAAAGUCUUCGUUCCACCGCACAUAACACUGCUGAAGAAUGAGACUGCAACAGAGAAUGGCCAUGUGGUCAUCACCUGUGACGCAGAUGGAGAUCCUACACCAUCCAUCUCUUGGAGUAGGUUUGACAAUAGAAGCAGUUUUCCAGAUGAAGAGAAGAUUCCAAAUGGGAGGAUUGAAGUGCGUAGACAGAAGGGAACAUCCUCAUUGCACAUUAGGAACAUCAAGCCAAGUGACUCAGGAGCAUAUCAUUGUGAAGCCACGAGUCCAAUUGGACAAGAUGAGAAAAGCAUGCAUUUGGAUAUUCAAUACGCUCCCAAGUUUCUGUCAACUCAAGUGACCUAUUACUCAUGGGAAGGGAAUUCAGUCAACAUCAGCUGUGAUGUCACAGCCAACCCUCAGGCUUCUAUCCACUGGAAGAAGGAAGGUGUUGUUCUCUCUGAUAUCAAUAAGUCUGACGUCAGUAUUUACAAGAAAGGCACCAAGAUCCUUCUGGAGAUUACUCCAGCUGUGGACAGUGACUUUGGCAGCUACAACUGCACAGCCAGUAACCAGAUAGGAACCAGGUCUCAGGAAUUCACCCUUGUUCAAGCUGCUGUCCCGUCCCGACCAUACGGAUUGAGAGUCCUCGCUGUAUCGCAGACAAUUGCAAGAAUCUCCUUCACCAAGCCAGAUUCACAUGGCGGGGUCCCAAUUCAUCACUACCAAGUGGAAGUCAAUGAAGCAGAUUCAGGAGAUUGGAAAACAGUGAAUUCCAAUGGGAGUCAAACUCAUGUUGUCCUCACCAAUCUGAAGCCCAAUUCAACCUAUCACUUCAGAGUAGCAGCAGUGAAUGGGAAAGGCCAAGGGGAACACAGCCAGAUGGAAGCCUUUCAGACUCUCCCAGUCCAAGAGCCCAGUCCCCCUACAGUACAAGGACACAGUGGUAAUGGCAAGAACUAUAAACUGGUUGUGACCAAACAGGAUGAUGGAGGAUCACCCAUCCUAAGAUAUGUGCUCAAAUACAGAACUAAAGACAAGGAAGAGGAAUGGAUGCAGCAGAUAGCACAGGGAAGCAAAGAUUCCAUCAUCCUUGAAAGACUUCAGUGGGACAUGCGGUAUGAAGUAAAGAUCACAGCUGUUAACAAGUUGGGUUCCUCCGAGCCAACCAUCUAUGAGUUCACCAUGCCACCAAAGCCCAACACCAUCGCCAAUACCCUGUUCAGGAGUCUUGGACUGGGGGCAGUUGUUGGUCUUGGAGUUGCUGCACUCUUGUUAAUCCUCGUCAUCACCGAUGUCAGCUGCUUCUUCACAAAACAGUGUGGAUUGCUGAUGUGCAUCACCACAAGGAUUUGUGGGAAAAAGAAUGGGUCAAGCACCAAAACCAAGGAUGCCGAAGAAGGCAAAGCAGCUUAUCUGAAGGAUGGUUCAAAAGAGCCCAUAGUGGAGAUGAGGACAGAAGAUGAACCAAUCACAAACCAUGAUGGGAGCUCAGCGAAUGAACCAAAUGAAACCACACCACUCACAGAGCCUGAAAAGCUACCAUUAAAGGAAGGCAAUGCAAAGGAAGUGUUGAGUCCAGAAAACAUAGAGGAGGCAGUGCCCAAUGACGUCAUCCAACCGAAAGAAGACAGCAGCAAAGCAUAAUGGGAAGAACUCUGUCAGAGAGACGUCCUAACUACAGAUACCCUUGCAACCAAUAUUUGUAGGGAAGAGAAAUACAUAUUUGUGAGGCUGAGGCAUUAGAAUGGCUUUGGAAACUUUCAUAAGUUGCAUUAUCAGUAAUACAAGAAAUCGAAAUUUGUCCUCAUUUUUCUGGAAGGAUUUUUGAAAAAACAAUUUCUGUCUUAAUUUUUUUUUCCCUUUUGCCGUUCAGAAAAUGGAAAAGUGUAACAUGUAAAUGAUAUUGUGAAGUAAAAGUUAGGAACAACCUUUAUAUUGCUCUCUCUCUCUAUACAUAUAUUAUAUUAUAUAUACAGCAGAAAAGAAAAUUCAAGCUGUUGUUUCCCAGUUGGUGUAUCAUGACGUUUUAUCUGUUCUGGAGAAUGCAACUUUCUCCCUUGUGCAACUCUUUCUGUUUUCAGUGGACUGCAAUGAAGAGGGAAAUGACUGUGGAUAAAUUGUAGGUUUUAAGCAAUUUGAGGUGUACAAGUUUUGAGAUGGGUAAUACCAGGAACAUUUGUUUAGAUUUUAAAUAUCUUUCAUUUGCUCCUUGACAUUUUCAUCCUCCUGAAACUAAUUCCCACUACUAGUCUCCAUAAAGUUUUAAGAUAUUUAAUGGAGCUAAUAUAUUUCUGUUUGAGCAUCUUCCUUUUUGGUGUGAGAAUACCAAUAUGGUAAUAACUUACUUUGAUAUCCACGCAAGUGCAAAUCAACACGGACAUUCAGUCCCCAUAUUGGAAAACCGAGAUGGCUUGCUGCUCAUAGCCCAUGCAAAGGACCCGCACAGAGAUUACCAUUGUCGUAACCAAAAUAGGGUAUGAUUGAGACUGAAAACACAGUCGCUGCUUUAACUUGUUUGCUGUCUCCCAUGUUUCCGACUGUCAAUACUUCCAGCAAGUGUCCAUGUUUUAUGAGUCCUGGUUGCCAACACGCACAGUUCACUCUGGCCCCUGCUUUGUGCAAUAAAUAUCAAAUUCUUCAGAGGACAGAGUCAAGAGAAGCAGAUUUCCUAAGAUUCAUGGAGUUUUCUGUUUACUUCUCCAGUUAAUGAUAGUUCAUCAUUCCAGGUGACCUUGUAGCAUGACACAAGUUAAAGAAUUUGUCGCUGAUGAAAAAAUGGCAAGGGUUUUUUGCACAGAGGCACAGUCAAACAAAAUUCUAUUUCACGCUAAGUUUCCUGUUAACUUUUCUUUCUGGCAGAAGGGAGGUUUUUUAAAAAGAAAAUAGAGAUUUACAUGUAGAAGGCACUGAUUUUCAAUGCAGGAAAGCAGUGGCUAUAGCGUUCAGCUGAGAAAGCUGUACAUUGUUUGAUUGGAUGGAGUUCCACAGCUUAACACUAAAUGAAAGGCACUGUACCACACGUCUGGUGUGUCAACCUAAUCUUCAAAUGAUUGCUUCCCUCACUUACUUAACCUGAAAUGCUUAGUUUUGUCCUGGGGCAAUUCUUUCAGGACUGCUCAAUGAAUUUAAUUUUACAGCACAGGAGAUAACCAUUUGCCAAAAUAGCAAAAAGAAAGAACUUAGAAAGCACAGUCCAGUUGCGUACCCCAUUUCCCCACUAAUCCCCACACCUCCUCACUGCUUUGUCCCACAGCCCUGUGAGAAAAGGUUGGUCUUUACUUUUAUUGCAGACCUUACUUGCUUGAAGGCCUUCUUUCCAAAGUGAAGGGCUUGCAACCUUGAAGUCAGAAUCCAGCCACUGCAAUUAUUUCUGUAGCCAAUAGUUGGAGGCUGCUCCCAAAGGUGGACAGAGCAGAGAUGGUCCUGGGAGUGAGUGAAGGCUCGAUUGAUUCACUUGAAUGGCAUCACAGAUUGUGGCUCUCGAUGCAGCUUAGUGCAGCAUACCUUCUUGUGUUAAGAAACAAUCACUGCGUUCUGAUGUUUCUCUUAUGGUCUCUGCUCAAAAUGGUUGCUCACAGCCAGACUUAACUCCAUUCCAAUACUUAAAGUGUCUCAAAAUGUCAAAUUAUACUUCCAAGUUAGGUAUGGAUUUGUCUUUUAGUGAGGCUAAAUUCACUUUUUAACUAUCUCAGCCAUUCACUUUGAUGGUUAUUUUUGUCAAGGUUUGGUAAGCCAGGAAUAGCUAUUCACACCACAAGGGAAACUCUUAUCAAGGAGUUUCUGUUCACACUUUGAAAUGUCCACUGACUUUCAAAACGUCUCUUGUGAGUUGUUCUUGAGAUAAUUAGUUUGGGCUUAAUAGUAGCCAAAUCAUUAAGAGUAGUUUUGUGACUUUUAGGAGCCAUUUUGUAAGAUGCCUGUGUCCUAUUUUCCUAUUUUAAAGGCAAACUAGCUUUCUUCACAGAAUAUAUAACAUUGUCACAGCAUAUUCAUGAUAAUUUCGACACUAAAGGGUGAUGGAGUUUAGAACUUUCUUUUGCAAGGGGCAGCUGACGCUGGGUAGGCUGUUAAUUUGCAUCUGAAAGUGAUAGGUAGUUGUCUAGGAACCAGUGGUAUUAACUAGUCUUUGUAAUAGUAGCCAUGAAACAAUCAUUGAUUGCUCUAAAAAUACAUCUGGCUCACAAAUGUCCUUUAGGGAAGGAAACCAUUGCCUGGUCGUCCUGCUUGGUCUGUCUAGGACUCCAGAGUCACAUGACAUGGUUGUCUCUUAAUUGUUCUCAAGGGUAAUUGCGGCUGGGCUACAAAUACGUAAUAACUAUCCUCAGCCAAAUAAAGUUAAGUGAUUUGUAAUAAUGGUACAGCUACAUAAUGGUCAUGCGACUUAAUUAAUAAUCCAGAUGGAUUAACUCAUUAUCCAGAGACAGUUCCUUAAUUCAACUUCGGUUCAUUAGUUCAAGCUGGAACAAAAAGGUAACAUCUGUAAUAGUUAUCAUGAAAUAACUGGAUCCAUGGAAAAAAACUCCAUCGAGUUCAUUAAUGAGGGAGUUGAACAGAGUAAAUAGGGAGAAGCCAUUUCUGAUUGUAAAAGAAACAAGGACAAAAGUGGAUAGAUUUAAAGUGAUGUGCAAACAAAUCGAGGGUGGCAUGAGAAAAAUCUUUUUCACUUAGUGAGUAGCUAUGGUGUGAAAUGUCAUGGAGGCAGGAUCAAUUGAAGUCAUUAGAUCUUUUUUGGACAGUACUUCUGCACAAGAAUAUGGGGGAAAGGCAGGAGAUUGACACAAGGUAACAGAACCUGUGCAGGCUGAAUAGCCACCUACUGUACUGUAACAGUUCUAAGAUAUACAGGAGGUCCCAUUUUCACUUCCUGGCUUGUGCG